GAUGUGACUUCUUUCAUGCAGGAGACCUCCUCCGCCGUCAUCUUCCUCCUCCUUCAUGGUCCAACCGCGCCGUUGUGACUCAGCGCUGCAGCCUGAGGACUGUCAUGGAUUUACUCAACGCAUCAGCUCAGCAUCGUAUGAAAUAACACGCCGUCAUAACAGUCGAGCGAGUGGACAGGAGCAGUUGCACUCGCAAACUUCCGAUUACAUGAUCUGCAUCUUCUGAUUUGAACUGCAAACACUACAGUAUGCGCUCCAGCAAGGAUUCAUCGCGGUUCCCUUCUCUCCUCCCCCUUCUAUUCCUCCUCUUCCUUCCCGACGUUUUCUCCUUCUCACGACCCCAGUGGAUUCUUCAGCGUGUCCCAGUAGUUCUCCCACAGCAAACCGAAGUUCGCCCAGCCCCACGCUUCCUGUCUCCAGCCCGCCUAGAUGUUGCCUCUCCCUGUGACCCAGAAUGCCACAAGAGGGCCCCUCGGCCAGGCUACUGGGACCUGCGGCAACUUCUGGCCUACGAGACUCUCCAUUCUGACGGUCAGCUCACUGAGACCGCUGUCGGGCUCUAUGGUUACAACCUCGGUUCCAACACGAGUCCUGCUUACUCCUUUGGGACGUCUGGGAAAGGCAAGCAGUCACGUGUCAGACAGAAGCGUCAAAUCUUUGGUCACGAUGGGCGCUUCAGCAUAGCUGGGCAAAACUUUGUGCUUAAAUAUCCUUUUUCAGUGGCUGUCAAACUAUCCACUGGCUGUUCUGGUACUUUGGUGGGGGACCGUCACGUUCUAACGGCUGCUCAUUGUGUCCAUGAUGGUAAAAACUAUGUGAAGGGUGCCCAGAGGCUCAGAGUUGGCUUUCUAAAACCCAAACAAGGGGAUAUGCAGGUCUCAACCCUUCUUUCCAACUUGACCAAUCAUGUUGAGGGCGGUCCAAACAAUGCCCCUCGAGCCUCUGAGAAAAUGAAGUUCCAGUGGAUCCGAGCCAAGCGCACCCAUGUGCCCAAGGGAUGGAUUAAAGGCAAUGCCAACGACAUUGGAAUGGACUAUGACUAUGCUCUUCUAGAACUCAAGAAAGCUCACAAACGGCGCCACAUGAAUUUAGGGGUCAGCCCCCCUGCUCAGAGGCUGCCAGGGCGACGGGUUCAUUUCUCAGGAUUUGACAACGACCGCCCAGGUCAGCUGGUGUAUCGUUUCUGUCGGGCCAGCGAAGAGACAGCAGACCUUCUGUACCAGCACUGUGAUGCCCAGCCCGGGGCCAGUGGGUCAGGGGUCUAUGCCCGAAUGUGGGAUGGGAGGCGGCGACGCUGGGAGAGGAAGGUGAUAGGUGUAUUUUCUGGACACCAGUGGGUGGAGCGCCAAGGGGCGGCUCAGGAAUAUAAUGUAGCCGUGAGAAUGACACCGCUCAAAUAUGCUCAGAUUUGCUAUUGGAUAAAAGGGAACUUUGUGGACUGUCGAGAAGGGUGAGAAGGUGACAUAGACACUCUGUUACCCCUUACAGCACUGAAGAGAUGCAAGCAGCAGCCAACAAAGGUUCCUAUCACUGUAAUAUAUAAUCAGUGCAAGCCUAUUUACUUCCUUACACAACACAGGCAAGUGCAUCUGCAUCUUGUGACCAUUAUAAGCAAGAGAGCAAUUAACACAAUUAGGAAGGUGCCUGUGCCUGCAGACAACGAAUGGCAGACUGCGAUAGUUGUACGUCUUUGUUAUUGCACUGUUUAACCCAAACUUUUUCCACUGAGACUUGUUUUUGUCAAAGAAUGUACAAGUGAGCUACCAAAGGUGCCUAUGCUCAUUGCAGCGGGACAAGCAUGUACUGUCUGCUAAAUCAAAUGUUUGGUACUUUCAUGGGUCGUCUUUCAACUGCACGUCUAUCCAAAGCAGAUUACUGCCUUGAGGAGCAUCAUCUAUUGCAGUGGUCCCCAACCUUUUUUGACCCGCGGACCAGUUUGUGUUCCCACAAAUCUCCCGCGGACCGGGGGGUGGUACAUUAUAGCGAUCUAAUUUAUCUUUUUUAUUAUGUAUUGUGUAAAACUAAUACAUGAAUAACAUCAAAUUAAAAGCACAAAAUGAAUGCCUACCCACCAUCCACCUGUUCAAGUUCCAGCCAAGUUUUUCCAGAAAGAUUAUUACAUUGCUAGCAUGAAUUAACUUGAGACAAAUGUGCACAUUAGCACUGAAUAAGUCAUCAAAACUUACCUUUAUGCAUUCCCACAUAGUAUCAGCAUUUGAGACCAAAUAUGAGGUGAAAGAAAAAUGGUAAAAAUACAGUAGUAGUCUAUCUGUGCGGCAUGAGAGAAAGUUAGCACACGCACAAUGGACAUGCGUCAAGUGAGACGGAUGUAACAGAGAGAAUCCGGCCACUUUUCAAAAUAAAACAUUAAAAAAACAAAUGGAAAUUAUUUUUUCUUUGUGUGGUCUGGUACUGGGCCGCGGCCCGGGGGUUGGGGACCACUGAUCUAUUGGAAUGUCGUGCUCCCUCUUGUGGUAACAAACGUUUUCGGGUUAAGCGUAUGAUUCCUCUGUCUGCUCAUGUUUUGUUGCUCUUGCAAAAAUACACAAGUUCGUUUCAACGCCAUGUUUUAUUUCAGAUGCCAAAAAAAGCAUGUUCAGAAAUGCUGUGAGAGAAACCAAUACUGUAAAAAGCCGAAAUAUGAGGACCAGCUUUUUUUUUUUUUUUUUUUUUUUUACUUCUGCAGCCAGGAUGUGAUCCACAACAAGUUCAACAAAUGCAUGCUGGGAUAUGCCACAUAGAAAAAACUAAAUCUCAACAAAUGUGACUCAGAUGGACAUCAGCAUCAGUUUUUCUUGCACCCUGUCUCAGUUUCAUGGAAGCUAGAGGAAGACCCAAGGGAAUGGAAAUGCGUCAAAGGUUACUCAAUGAAAAUCUUCCCAAAUAUCAAAAUUUUACUGUGGGGUAUUGGUUUUAGGGGGCUUUACCAACACAACAAACGCAGGGUGAAUAUGAGCAAGCACAUAACACCACAUAAGUUGUUUCUUAUCAUGGUCCACGCGCAUUGGAUGUGUGACAUUCGAAUAGACAAAUUCCAACUUCCAUUCAAGUCAACAGCGCCCCCGACUGGGGCAUUCUAGUCUAUGCAGGCUAAGACUAUCAGCGCAGACUCAAAGCUGCUGAUUGUAAGCUUGUUUGUAAAAAAGGCACAAAUAGUCAACCACAAGCGCAACUCUUAAGUAGUUUCCUCAGCUUAACCCAGUGCUUAACCCGGGGGGAUGGAGGGGGGCGUCAGAGGCAGGCAGGACUUUCAAUGUUAGUCCUGCCAACAUGUAUUCAUUCGCCAUACUCAGCAUGCAAUUUGACUCUUGAAUACGCUUGUAUGCUUCCCUAUUCUCCAUUUUGUUGCAUUUCGAUGGCUUCAGUUUCGAGUUCAGUACAGAUAAACAGAUACAAGUUUCUUAAAAAACUUUUCUGUCCUCUAGUGUGGGCAUGACAGAAAAUAAUGGCGAACCAGUGGCUUGAGAGUCACACUGGCUUGUUGCUUGCCUCUUUGUCUUUGUCUAUGCAACACAAGCAGACUAGAUCAGGUGUGGGCAAACUAUGGCCCGGGGGCCACAUCCGGCCCGCCAAGCAUUUGAAUGUGGCCCGCCAGUUGCUUCCAAAGUAAUUCAAUCUUUAAAAUAAAGCUGGCAACAUGACUUGCUAGUAGUCAAUCUGAGACAACCUUUUGAUGGUUUAAGUAGCUUUUCACAUGCAGCGAUCCAGACAACUACCUCACGCACGGUGCCAAACAAACACAAGUAAAAAAUACGCGUCACACAACCUAACCUACCCACUGCACAGUCUGAAGUAAAAAAGGAGGGACAUUCACAUACUUAAUAGUUAAUGUUUUAACGUUCAUAUAGUAGUUCAUAUUGUAUAGCACAUCCUUUAUUCAUGUACAUUCCGGGUGUCUUAUUUAGUAAAAAAAAAAAAUGUCAAAUUUAAUUUGGUCAUUUGAUAUGGUCUGAUAUUUAAAGUGCUCCUGAAAAAAAGGGACACAAGCACAUACAUAUAUAAGAUUUCCAUCCAUCCAUUUUCUAUACCGCUUCAUCCUCAUUAGGGUCGCGGGGGCAUGCUGGAGCCUAUCCCAGCUGACUUCGGGCGACAGGCGGGGCACACCCUGGACUGGUCGCCAGCCAAUCGCAGGGCACAUAUAAACAAACAACCAUUCACACUCACAUUCAUACCUAUGGACAAUUUACAGUCGCCAAUUAACCUCACCUGCAUGUUUUUGGGAAUGUGGGAGGAAGCCGGAGUGCCCGGAGAAAACCCACACGCACACGGGGAGAACAUGCAAACUCCACACAGAAAUGCCCAGGGGAGAAUCGAACCCAGGUCUUCCCGAUCUCCAGGCUGUUCCUGUGUUGGCCAACGUGCUAACCACUAGACCACCGUGCAGCCAUAUAUA